AUGAAGGAGACGUGGUGCUUGAAGGAGGAGUGGUGGGGUUUGAAAGGGAGCAGGGUGGCCGGCUGGAAGUCAAUGAAAAGAGGGCUUGAGGAGAGUUGGAUAGGAUUUUCUGGGAUGUUGGACGAAUUUUUGGAGCAGCAGAAUUUGAAGGAUGAUGUGAUACGGGAGAAGAAAGCCUUGAAUGCCAUUGAAUUGUUUUUAAUAUCACUGUCAAGAAAUGGCAGAGCAGGUUUCAUAUUGCAUAGGAAAUUACAUGCAUUGAAGUUAGCAUUGAAGAAAUGGAGUAAAGAGGUGUUUGGUAAUGUCUCGGAAAAAAUUAAAGAAGUUGAGUGUCAGUUACAUUCUUUGGAUCUAUUGGUUGAAGAUAGACCCCUGUUGGAAGCAGAGGUUAAGUUAAAAAGAGAGGUAAGAAGUGAAAUGUGGAGGCUCAGCAGAAUGUUGGAAUGGGAAUUGUUGCAGAAGUCAAGAUUGGAGUGGACUUUAAAAGGGGACAAGAACACAAGGUUCUUUCAUGUGAUGGCCAGUAGUAGGCAAAAUAGGAACGCAAUAAAUUCUAUUUUAGUUGAAGAGAGGGUGGUUGAGGAUCCAGAGCAAGUGACGCAAGAACAAUUGGAAGUAGAAUUCUUGGAGGAAGAGAUAUGGGCUGCAGUAAAAGAAUGUAAUGAGAACAAAGCUCCAGGUCCAGAUAGCUUCAACUUCAUGUGUUUUCAAAAGAACUGGAAGGCGUUUAAAGAAGAGGUGAGGCUUUUCAUGAAGGAGUUUUACAAUGUGAGUAGAUUGGCUUUUGGGAUGAAUAGCUCUUUCAUCACAUUAAUUCCUGUGGAGGCCGAGUAA